AUGGACAUCGCUAGGCUGGAGCAAGAGCUAGAGACUGCCAGGGUCAGAAGAGAUGAAGUCCUCAUGAAGAUUAACGAAAAUCUGGAUAAGGCCAAGGCUGCAGACACCACUGUCCGAACCCUGAAAGAUCAACUUCCUGUCUACAGAACUUCUCUUCAUCGCCUACCACACUUGCUUAGGGUGGCUGCUAGCCAACAUGAAGGCUGUGUAGCUAUCCUAAGGGAUAUAGCUAGGUAUUAA